AUGCCAUCGCUACCGCACGCGGUCGACGACGACGUGUCGUCGCAGGUGGCGGCCGCAUCUGUGUCUGCCCUUGUGGGCUCCGCCGCCUCGGGCGACCUGCCGACUGUGCAGCGGCUUGUGGGCGAGGGCGUACCAGUCGAUGUCUCGGUCGUGGUCGACGGCGCUCUGGUCGAUGCGGUGACGGCGGCGAGCAAGGCCGGCGCCAUGGACGUUGUUCAGUGGCUGGUGAACGAGGACGGCGGCGGUGGGGAUGUGAACAAGAUCAACGCGGCUGGCUCGACGCCGCUGGUGGUGGCUGCUGUCCACGGCCACGUAUCGCUUGUAGUUUGGCUGCUCAAGACGGCCAAGGCCGACGUCGACAAGACCAUUUUCCGCGGCUUUACGGCGCUGAUGAUGUGCGCCAUGAUGGGCGCGCUGGACAUGGUCAAGAUCCUGGUGCGUGUUGGCAAGGCCGAUGUGAACAAGGUUAACGACGCUUGCUGGACUCCGCUGUAUGCCGCCGCCAACACCGGCCAUGUCGAUGUCAUCGAGUGGCUUGUCUGCGCCGCCCGCGCCCGGGUCGGCGGCCACGGCCUCUCGCCGCUCCUCGUCGCAGCGCAAAACGGACACUCGGACGUUGUCCAGUGGCUUGUCCAGCGUGCCCGGGCCGACGUGAACGCGACCAACGCCCGCGGCGCCACCCCCUUGUACCUCGCUGCCGAGCGCGGACGGGUCGACAUGCUGCGGGUGCUUGUCCGCGAGUGCAGGGCUGACAUCAACAAGGCUUCUUUUGAUGGUAUGACGCCGCUGCACAUUGCUGCCCAGAACCGCCACACCGACGCCAUCUACUGGCUUGCCACCGAAGGCAAAGCAAGCAUCAACGCUACUGACAACGACGGUGCCACCCCGCUCCACAUCGCCGCUGCCACCCGCCAUAGCUUUGCCGUUGUGCAGACACUCGUCGAGUGCGGCGCUGACGUGUCGAUCGUCGACAAGCACGGUGACACCCCGCUCCGCGUCGCCGUCACCGUCAAGAACAUGCGCGUUGCCGAGUGGCUCAGCGUCGGCGGCGCACCCGGCCUCCCCCUGCGCGCUGAAGCUUAA